CUUUCAUAUUUUACCACAUCCUACCUGAUCAGAAGCGCGUAGGAUUGACAGACCGGCACCUCGAGCUGCGAAACAUCGACCAUGUCAUCGGCUGGGGUUCCAGCACUACCAGCGGACCUUCUGCACCUGCUCGCGACAGAGCUGUCAGACCGGCUUGACUUCACAACAUUGUAUAACUGUGUGGUGAGCAGCAAGCACCUAGCAAGCUCUGGCGCGGUGAACGCGCUUUACAGGAUAAGCCAUGAAGCACCGGUCAAGGGCGGCGACGAUCGCCUGUCUCUAGCAGACCAAGAGCAGACUACACAACGAUGGUCGAUAAUGUGGAGAACCAUUAUUCUUUCGACAUUUGGGAAGACUGUUUUCCCGUACUGCCGACAUUUGAGGUUCUUGGAUCUGCUCGAUCUCAGUGACCUGCUCGAAGAUGAUCGCUUCCGUGGCAAAAUCGCGAAGGAAUUCUUCAGCGGCGAGCUUCAACAGUUCCAUCAUGUUCAGCACAUCCGUGGCAAGAAUCGGCACACUCGUUUGGAUACGAAGAAAAUUGUCACUGCCAUUGGAGAUCGAAUCGUCCAGCAUGCGCCCUUGCUCGAGGAGCUCUCCGAGUCUGCGAACGCGGACAUCCUAUCGACGGCACUGUUGAACUGGACUCCCCACCUCUCUCAUCUCAGAUCGCUAGAUUUCGGAGAUGGGAAGGCACUGGCCAACGAAACGGUCAGAAAUCUCCUCCUUACUCACUGUCGCAACCUAGAUACCUUGCGAAUUUAUCAUGCGUCCAACGAGGAUGCUGAUCACACUCUCGCCGCCUUCAUCAGCGAGAUGCCGGAGAACAGUCUGAUUUACUUCGAGACCAUUAGCAAUUGUCGCAUCGGACCAGAGACAUGUUUGGCACUCAAUCGGCACGGCAAAAGCUUGCGCUCGUUGAAGUUGGGACUCGAUGCUGCUGGAAUCCAGGCUCUCGGACUGCUACAGAAUUGUACGGCAGUUGAAAUCCUUGCACUCUCCUCUGCCAUGGCUUCACCGGACCUCAAGGCCACCGAGAACGACGUAUACCUCGAUAUUCUUGGAUGGCUGAAGAGCUGCAACAACCUGAAAGACGUGAGCUUCACAAACAUCGUGUCAGCACCAGAUCUCCUCCUUCCUGUGCUAUUGAAUAGCGAGGUGCAGCUGGAGAAGCUGCAAAUCAAUGCUCCUAUUGAAGGCGCAAUGUAUGUCGUGCAGAAUCAUCCCGAGUUCCACCAGGCACUUCGCAAUCAGCGAACUCUAAGCAGUCUUCUGCUGAGAGCUGACCCGGAUCCACCGACAAGAGAUGAUAUUGAGACUUUGGUCAAUUCUGUCUGCGCACUGGGGGACCUUCGGGAGCUCAGCCUGACCCGUAUUUCUGACUACUUCACUGACGAGCAUAUCCAACUGCUCACGGACCAUCUCUCGAAUCUCGAGGAUCUUUAUGUUGGCGGCUAUGCGGUCACUGACGCCAUCUGGCCGAGUGUGGCAAAGUUGCAGAAUCUGAGGACUGUCACGUUCAGCGGCAUAUCGAAGUUCACUGAGAACGGUAUCUUGGACUUCAUCGAUCGACUGGGAGAUGGAGUCCGUGGCAUUUUGCUCUCCAUUGAGAACGCGGAUCCAGAUGCGCCCAUCUCAGAGGAUAGUCAAGAGCUCAUUAGGGAUGUCAUGGCAACCAAGCUGGACGGUAGAUUCGAAUACCAGUUGCUCAGAGGUAUGUUGCUCUUCACUGCGAAGCAUACAGGCGAAACUUGGGCUAACCACCUUGAAUGA